CGCCGCUGCGGCAGCAAACAUUUUUUUUCCCUUCUUCAGUUCAACCACAAUGUUCUCUGGGGAACCGAUAACAAAAACCACGCGUUAGCCUCCUUGACUUCAUUAAAUCUAUUCUCCAUUUGGUUGAACUACCGUGUUUCUCCACAAACCCCGAAGUUCAAGCGGUCUAUAAAUUUCACCACUCGAUAACGUGAAUGACGCGACCUCUCAGCACUUUUCAACGUGCCGCAUUCAAAGUGGUGGCUGUUCUUUUCUGCAGAUGAAAAUGUGAAGUUCUGUCCAAGUUCAAUGAACUCAACCUCAAGCGGACGACGUACAGGAGCCGUAGAGGAUUUAUUGGUUAGGAUACAUGGAGGGACUGAAGGGCAGGAAAUAAAUGACUGGUUGCUCGGCUUUGCGGGAGCCGCCUUCCCAUUCCACAGUCCCACACCAUCUUCUACACUCGACUCACGCUCACGACCGAAUUGCUGUACGAAAUUUCUUUUGAAGCAUAGAGUGUCCAGACGAAACUAUCACGAAAUAUAACGCAAGGGUAUAAAUAUUUCGUUCACACGUCGAUUGCAGUGACCACAUUCGCAGGCCGGUCCUCUAACCCCUAAGCACGUCGUAGGAGCGUUGAGUGGGAGAACAGAUAACCGGACCAUCGAAUCGCUGGGGUUAUUUCUUGGAACCCGGGCUUUUAUCCCGGUUUUGUGCGUGGCUGGCUAACGGCCAAGCUCGAACCUGGCGUUGUUGUCGCUAAAGAAGUUGAGUUUGGUCUUUGAACUCGAAAACACUUUGAACUCUGUUCGUUCUGUUCGUCAGGAUGUAGAAGCGAGUAUGUCGCUGGGAGAGAUGAGAAUUACCUUAAGUAUCAAUCUCCGGAGACGAUGCCUCUCAAACUUGAGCCCUUUGAUAUCUCCUCCCUUCGAGUCAUCCACCUCGGUAUCAACUAUGAGAUCAACGACCCAACGGAGUGUCUAGGAACCACCUCGAACUGGUGGUACGAUAAUCCAACCUUAUCCCCUUCAUCCUCUUUUGUCUCUCAUGGAAUUCAACUUCUACAUUCUAGCAUACUACGACAGUAUCACCGAGAUCGAGUACAAUCAUCCGGGAUGGAAACACCUCGAUGAGAUUCUCCUGACAGUGCAGAUUACGUGUUUUGAAGAUGAACCUUGAUUUUGGGGAGGGUCACCAUUCAGAGUGGGAGUCGAGCAGAGUUAUACCGCCGGAGGAGCUUGAAAAGUUGGAAGGCGUAUUUCCAAUGAUGAAGGAUGGUGGCCCGGGUGGGCGGAUCCGCGUGGGGCAGAUGAACUUCGGUGUCAUCAAGUGGCUAGGGGAUGGUAUUGACGAAGAGACUUGUGCAACGUAGCUGCGGGCAGAAAGAUUUAAAAUGUUGUGAGCCGGUUGAAGUAGCCGAAAUUAUGUAAUUGGAUGAUGAUAUUCCCACGACUCGAGGCUUGCACAGCAACAACGAUGAUAAAACAACAGAUAUCCUCAUUUUCCUCAACACCUGGUCCCCGGAACCUUUUCGACGUUGAUUCUAUCACGGCAGCCGUCACUUCCAUGAAUGAACAGAUCGCAUAUCACGAAACAGAACUGGCACGUCUGAAACGGAUUCGUCUGGAAUAUCAAACAUCCUUAUCUCCUUUUUAUCGGAUCCCUGAAGAAACACUCGAGUAUAUUUUCGAGUAUGCGGUGGAAAAGAACUCGUUUGGAUGGAGACCGGGUCAUUGCAGUUCGGAUACCUACAAGCUGGGACAAGUAUGUCGAAGAUGGCGGAACCUCUCCCAAACAACAUCUCGUCUCUGGACCACUAUCCUCUUGAAGAUCCAUCCAUUUCGUACCUACCCCAUCACAGCCUUUCAACGACUAACAGAUCAUCUUCUACGUUCUCAAGAUUCGCCAUUGUCUGUCGAAAUUGAAAUUGAGUUUAUGGUCGUAGAACAUGACUCUUCUACACGAUUCCUUGAUCUUGUUCUCCAGCAAUCACAUCGAUGGAGGUCAUUCCAAUACAUACAGCUAUCCCAAAUAGGAGAUUUCCUAUACCUCGAUUUCAUACUGAAGCGAGAAAUGCGCGCCUUGGAGACCCUCAAGGUUGUGCUUGAUCAAAGUUAUGACCAGGAAGUCCCGCCUGAGCUUACGCCAUGUAUCGUGUCCUCGCCACUCCAAACUGUCCAUCUUUCUUUUAGUGGAACCGCAAUAAUGCCCUUUCUCGGAAUAUUUGGGCACGGUCCGCUUCUUACUCGACUUCGGGUUGAAGUCGACAUCAGAGACGCGAUUCCUUUAUUGCGUUCCUGCCAGAACCUCGUGGCCGCACAUCUUGUACUCGCGAACACUGGACGCCCAAUCGAGGUGCAUUCUUCGAUGAUCCCAGACACACACGGAACCUUGCACACACUGACAGUAGAGGCACCAAGCCAAAGCGAUCUUCAUCUGAUAUCAUUCUUCCUGUGCGCAUUUACCUCUCCAUGGCUGACAUCUCUCUCCGUUAUCACGACAAACCUUUCAUAUGAACAGCCGGUAGUCCUUUCAUUGUUAUUCAGCAACUCAUUGAUCAGCUUUCUUCGUCGCUCUGGUGGUCCCAAAACUCUCAAGUCGUUCAAAGUCGUCGAAAUCCCGAUUCAAACGACGCAUCUCAUACAGGUUCUUCACGUACUACCUUCCCUCCGUACACUGGAAAACCACUCAAUCACCAAUGACGGUUUUCCUCCCCUCCUUACUACCGCUUUCUUCUGUGCGUUGAACUUUUGGCCUACUGCAAGCCACGAGUCUUCGGUAUAUCCACGUAAAACGGUUGCACUACCCAUGCUUCGCGAAGCGAGUUUUAUUGUUGGUAAUGACUGGGAAGAUAAUGCCUUCGAGAACAUGCUUCAGUCGCGGGUAGAUGGUGAACUGAAGUCGGUGUUUCUUAGAAUUCGCGGGAGGGCUACGCAUCUUGAUGUGCGUUGGCUGGAAAGGAUCAAUGCAAAGAAUGAUUUGGCUGUACGUGUGGUUAAAGGUGAGAGUGUCGAAAAAGAGGUGGUUGGGUAUUGGGUUAAGCCAGUUGUUGGCUUGAGGCGGUAUUGUUGGAGGGACCUUAUAUCGCUUUAG